AGCUCACUCGCCGCCGAUCUCGUAAAGGUACUCGGAUCGUUACUCUCGCAAUCUGGAGGCCACAUAGGCUCACAUCCUCGUGGCUUUGACGACGUUUGCUGGAAGUGGUGCUCGCGGUCUUAAGAUUUCUGCUUGUGCUCAAAGAAGUAACAUUGUGCUCAAACCUCUUUGGAUCUCCAUAACCCCUCCAAAGCUGUAGACCUAAAGGUACCGUAUGUCAUACUCUGACUAUGGCGCGUCAGUAUACGAUGCUACCGAGUCCCGUCCGGACAAAGCGCUCGUAGUCAAGUGUACGUACGAUGAAGCCCUCAGGAAGAUCACUUUCAACUCUACGCGCACAUGCACCUACGAACUACUGAGACAAAGGGUAGAGCAAUGCUUUUCCCUGUUUGCGAUCCCGUUUGCCAUUACGUACACCGACGAUGAUGGCGAAGUAACAGACAUCGCGACAGAUUCGGAUUUGACGGAAGCCAUUCGCUAUGUCUAUCCCGUGCACGACGACCCUCCUGUGUCAUCCUCCUCAUCCAUCUUGUCCGGCCGCAGCCUCAUAAGAGGGAAGAUCACGCUGCGCGUGCGCAUCACAGUGGAAUAUGAUGGCCCGAGUCUAUCAGACACCUCUUCACUAGUCAGUCUCGACGAAUACAGUAAUCGCAAUGGUAGCGAGUUGUCGCUCAACCUCGAGUCGCAUCCUCCAGAGGAGGUGGAGGACGACUCUGUCACCGUCAGCUCGAAGGACAUGGGGUCAAAGUACGAUGUAUUCCGUGCGCGCGGCCCAAAGACUGUGGUCUCUGCUCCAAGCCGCGAACCUUUGCUCACAAAGUCACCACCGCAGUCUACCAAUGGGGAUGGAUGGGAGCUUGGGACGGUGUCCAGCAUUCCGCAAACAUUAGAUUCGGACGUUCUGGGUCAUUCUUCCUAUUCACAAGCACCGGUACCAGUUGUCGAAGAUCCGUUCAGAGACGAGCAGGCUGCGCUGGAACCAUCCGCGGUCUUUGAGCGCCUCAAGCUGGAAGAAGACCUCCACAGCAAGCAGCCCGGCUCGAGCUAUGGCUCGUCGACGCUCCAUUCCGAACGCGGUGCGGCGUGGCUCCGCGACCAGAACGCGCGCACGAUGAAGUCAAUGCUAGGCGACUUGCCGUCGCCCUCGGAAAAGUCGUAUGAGCCGUCAACGAACACGCUCGACGAGAUGGCCUCGGUGCUCAGCGGCGAGCUGGCGCUGCAACAGGACUCGAGCGGCAAGUACUACUUCGCAUAUACUGCGGGCAGCUCCUAUGCAGCGUCGCAGAGCGACGGUGCCUCCGACAUAAACCAUUCUAGCAUUGCUGCUAAUCCUUCACGGAGCCGGCCGACGUCCAUGGAGGUCGGUCAUCAGGAGUUCCAAGAGGAGAAGGCCGAUCCGGGCCCAAGUAACAGCGCUGACCUGCACCGUUCUUCAUCGGCCUCGUCUUCCUCCGCGAACGCCUCGUCCUCGCGCGACUCAAUCGCCGAAGACUUCCCAGCAAAUUAUAUCCACCCAGACGUGCCGCCCGAGGUGUUGCAAUACAUCACAGCUAUCCCGCCCGCACCGCCACAGAACCCGCCUCACUGCUCCCAGUGCGGCGUCGUGCUCGACACGAUCCGGUACGUCUGUUCGACGUGUGGCGAGAAGCAGCCGAAGCCUUCGGUGGAGGCUCGCACUGAAGAGGAUGUGCGAUCCAAGUCCAGUGGAAGUAAGGGCAAGGACAGAGCGUCACCGUUCGAUCUCGAGAAUGGACAUGGCACUGAGCACGACUGGCACCUUUUCCCUCCCUCCUCAGCAUCACAUAAGCACACUCCAAGUCCCUCACCAUCCACAUCCGACUGGUCCCUCCUAUCUUCCUCCGCCAUCCCCAUGAACACCCUCUCACAGUCCACCCUCUCCGCGAGAUCACUACCAAAGACACCUCCUCCCCUACCCGCGCGGCCCAGCGCACUCUCCACCUCCUUCUCGUCCUCCACCAUGAUAAGCGCGACGAACGGCGCGCCCGCGAGCUCUAGCGCGGGCUACGAGCUAUGCUGGCAAUGUCUCCCGACCGCGGGCGUGACGCACGCGCUUGAGAUGAGCGUCGCGCCGGGGAUGUCGCCGGGCCUCUCGCAGUGGCCCAUGACGCCCGAGGCUACGCAGCGCGCGAUGUCCCAGUGGAGGCGGUCGGCGCCGACCCAGAAGGGCCAGCUGAGGCAUGCGUAUGUCGAGAAGAGCUGGGGCCACAAGGGCUGGCAGGAUGUCGAGCAAGAUGAGCAUUCGACAUGCUCGUGUUCGACGUGCGGGACUGCGAUCGUGAACCAUCGUUACAAGUGCGCAUCGUGCGAGAAUUUCAAUUUGUGCAAGGCGUGCUACAGCCAGGUGCACGAGAUCCACCCGUCACACGCAUUCCUUGUGGUUCCGGACAAGAACGUGAGAUUGAGGGCAGGUUCAGCGUCAACCAUCGCGCCUAUGAUGCCCACAAUGGAAGGAGAGCGUUCGUUGAAGCAUCCUGGAGUAAAAUGCAUGCAUUGCAUGCAGGACAUCGUCGGCGCGCGUUUCCACUGCGCGAUCUGCGACUCGGUAGAUAUAUGCUCGAACUGCGAAUCUGCGGGACUCCCCGGCAACCUCGACUCGUCCGAUGGUGGACACAACUCGUCGCAUAUCAUGAUCAAGAUCCCAUACCCUCUGCCAACCGCCGAGCUGCAAUCUGCCAGCCAGAGAGCGAAGAGUCUUUGGAGUGGACGAGAUGCCGCUACGGGUCAACGCGUCAAGUCCCGGCGGAACUCACUUAUGUCGGCAUACGACCGCACGGUCAUCGGGACCGGCUGUCGGAGCGGAGGAUCCUCCCUGGACAAUGCGUCGAUGGCACCGGAGACGGAGGACCAUGGGGUGCGCUGCGAUGCGUGCGAUAAGCGUAUCAUCGGUGUGCGAUAUCAGUGCGCGACGUGCGUUUCCGUACCGAAGCCGUUCAACCUGUGUGCGACAUGCGAGACACGCUCAUAUCUCCUGCAUGACCCGAUGCACGUCUUUUUCCAGAUUCCUCGGCCGGUCGACAGGCCGCUGCAGGUCGAGUACCCACUGGUGCCCCGGAUAUACAAGAUCCCUGCGGGGCCACCCGAUGGGUCGUUCGAUCCGGACCAUCCAAGAGAGUACCUCAAACACCUACUGCAUUCGACAGCGGUAUGCGACCGGUGUAUGACGAAGAUCAACGGGGAGUGGUUCCGGUGCGGGUACUGCUCGCUCGACCUGUGCGAGGUGUGCCACACGGUAGACACGCACAACGAUAAUCAUGUGUUUGUCAUAUUCAAGUCCCCGCGCGAUACUGAUGGCGGUAUGUCCGCGCGCAGGCGAUUUUCUGACAUUAACGAACCACAGCCAAUCAUUCCCUAUCCGAUAUACCAUAUCUUAUAGAAUUCUGGAUCACGUUCUAGUAGUG